AUGGGCGAGAAUCAGCCGCACCUUGACCGCGCUGCCCUCACGCAGCUACCACCGGAGAAGCUUGUCGAAAAAGUGCUACAAUAUCAGAUCCUUUUGCAAGAGCUGAACGAGGAUUACGAUGACCUGAAGCGAUCUACUGAGGAGAUGGAAACGCUGCAAGAGCAAGAAAUCGAAGCUUUACGCAAAGAAAACUCGGAUCUGAGGCGGGAUCAUCAGGCGUUGAAGGAAAAUCACGAGGCGAUGAAGGAGAGGUACACGGCCGAGCGCACUGAGCUGCUGAAAAAUGAUGAGAAGCAGAAGGCACAGUUGGCGCAGUUCACCGCGGACAGUGUGAAGAAUCGUAAGCGCAUCAUGAUUCUCGAAUCUGAAAAGGACUCUGCCCUUGAAGCCGUCAGGGUUCGAGAAGCCACUAUUAUGUUAACGGAUCAGAAGCUUGACGACGCGCUUGAGAGGAUGGCAGUGCUCGAGACUUGCUUGGCUCAAAAGUCAUCGUCCAUGGAGGAAUUGAACAGCGUUAAAUCGUCGACUCGUCCGCUAGCCACUGUCGAACCACUCAAAGCGCAGCCACUGCUCGACGACCACGACAUGGAGGUGAAUGAAGCUGAAAUGAACGAAAAUCAGUCUCCGCAAAGACUCGCAGCUGGCGCGGACGCAGAUGACAGCAAGAAACCACCGGCGCCGACCACCCCGAUGACCGGUAUCCACACAACUGUCAACCGGGCUGUCCGAAGCUUGCUCAAUAAGUUGGACCGACUCGAGAACCUGCUGAUGACGGCCAGGUCGACGACGCCAUCCCAGACCAGCGUC